ACGCGCUGCCGCUUUCGUUUGCCAUUAUUAUACGGGCGGCCAUUUUAAAAUUUCGUAUAUUUUUUUACGUUUUUUAGGCGUUUUUAGUUUGUUUAACGAUAAUCUGCCAUAAUUCGGCGCCUCUGCUAUGGCAGAAGGUAAUGGUGAAGUCCCAGACGAACCAAUGAAGAUUGAAGAUACAGAAAGAACUGCAGAUUAUCAAAAGUUAAUAGAAUAUGGCCUUGAUGAAAAGGUGGCGUCUAAACUGGACGACAUCUACAAGACCGGCAAGCUAGCCCACGUAGACCUGGACGAGCGCGCCCUAGAUGCCCUUAAAGAAUUCCCUGUCGAGGGCGCGCUCAACGUGCUCGGCCAGUUCCUCGAUUCCAACCUGGAGCACGUCUCCAACAAGUCGGCGUAUUUAUGUGGCGUCAUGAAAACAUAUAGACAAAAAAGCAGAGCUGGUUCGAGUCAGGGCUCGACAGCAGCCGCGCCAGUUCCCGCCAAAGGCCCCGACGAGGAAAAAAUAAAAGAAAUAUUAGAUAGGACUGGAUAUACUUUAGAUGUUACAACAGGACAAAGAAAAUAUGGCGGUCCCCCGCCUGGCUGGGACGGUAACACGCCGGGUUCCGGUUGCGAGGUAUUUUGCGGCAAAAUUCCAAAAGACUUAUACGAAGACGAACUGAUUCCUUUAUUUGAACAAUGCGGAACGAUAUGGGACCUCCGGCUUAUGAUGGAUCCGAUGACGGGGACGAAUCGGGGAUACGCUUUUGUCACAUUUUCGACACGAGAUGCCGCUCAAGUCGCUGUACAGAAGUUGGACAAUUACGAAAUCAAACCCGGCAAGACGUUGAAAAUUAACAUAAGCGUGCCGAAUCUGAGGCUUUUUGUCGGCAACAUACCGAAAUCUAAAGGCAAAGAGGAGAUUCUGGAGGAGUUUGGUAAAUUGACAGCUGGCCUUUUAGAAGUCAUAAUCUACAGUUCACCGGACGACAAAAAGAAAAAUAGGGGUUUCUGCUUUCUCGAGUACGAAUCACACAAGGCUGCAUCUCUAGCAAAACGAAGAUUAGGAACUGGUAGGAUAAAAGUUUGGGGUUGUGAUAUAAUCGUCGACUGGGCGGACCCUCAAGAAGAACCCGACGAACAGACAAUGUCCAAAGUCAAAGUGCUCUACGUCCGAAACCUGACCCAAGAUAUUAGCGAAGAUAAAUUGAAGGAAUCGUUUGAGGCGUUUGGUAAAGUCGAACGCGUCAAGAAAAUCAAGGACUACGCUUUCAUCCAUUUUGAAGAUAGGGAUAACGCAAUUAAGGCAAUGGAAGAAUUAGAUGGAAAAGAAAUGUGCGGUUCAAAUAUAGAAGUUUCACUAGCCAAACCUCCGUCCGAUAAGAAGAAAAAAGAAGAAAUAUUGAGGGCACGAGAAAGACGUAUGAUGCAAAUGAUGCAAGUUAGAGGAGGAAUGAUGCCAGGAACGAUGCCACUUCGCGGACCGCCCGGUACCAGCGGUAGUAGCGGCGGUGGCGGCGGUCCACGUUCGGGUCCCGGCAUGCGAGGAGGUCCCAUGGGCCGAGGCGACUACGAUUAUGAUUAUGACUAUUACGGUUAUGGGGAUUACCGAGGCGGCUACAGCGAUCCCUAUUACGAUGACUAUUACCGAUACGAGGACUAUACGUAUUAUGACUACCAGCAGCCCGCGUCGACUACAACGGCGCCACCUGCGACGCAGGGGCGCAGUCGCGGUGCGCAAGGCCGAACGCCAGCACAGCCGGGACUUGAUGACAAUCGGUGCAAUCCAGAACUCUUUUAUUUUGAAAGAAGUGAAAGAAGCAUAGUUCAGGCUGGCCGUGGGCGUGGGGCGGCGGCACGUGGCCGGGGAGCCGGUGGGCAACCGGCCCGUGGGGCGGCACAGGUCCGGGGGGCACGGGGCGCGGUCGCGGCCCGUGGGGCGGCGCGCCAGGCCGCUCGUGGGGUGGCCCGAGGCAAGGGGGCAAGUUUACAAGCAGGUAAACGAAAGUUCGAUGGGGGUCACCAGAAUCAAGGGGAGACUAAGCGACGCUUCCAAAGUGGCGGCGGCGGACAGGGGGCUUGGGGCGGCCAACCCCUGGCACAACAGCCCCUGAACGGCGACCAUUGGUACCAAGACUCGUACGGGGCUUGGAGUUAGGCAGCGCGAGGCGAGUGCGUGAGAGAAUGGACGGCGAGAGAGAGUGCGAGCGUGAAUGCGAGUGAAUGCCGAGCGCUGUCGGCCGAGACGGUUGAGACCAUUUUGGACGAACGCUUUCGGCACGAGGGAGUUUCAAAUUGAGCCAAUCCAUAUUGCGUUUUUGAUUUUUGGGGUUCUAAUAUGAGCUCAAUUAAAACUUGUUGUUUCCUUUUUGGAUGUUUUUACCAAAAACCUUUAUUUUUUGAAUUUUUAUGAAAAAUGCUUGUUGGAUUUUAAAUAUAAUAGAACAUUUAGAGCUUCUAAAUCAAAAAUGUCAUUACAAUAUUUGAUCUCCCUAGAAAUUUCAAAAUGCUCAAUAUUUAUACACUUUUCCAAAAAAUCUAAUUAUUAUCGGCAUAGCGUUUUUAUUAAAUAAAAACAUUGUCCACUGCAUGUUGCAUAAUCUUAGGUGUUCUAAUAAUAUUAUUGUAAAUAUUUGUGACACAAUUCCUCCACAAAUUAGUAAUGUUUCGUCCUAAAUUGGUUCAAACUGUCUCGGACUCUAGGUCACCCAAAGUUGCGGUGUCUCCAAAAAAAAAAACUGCUACUAAUAAUUAUUGUUAAAAUAAUUUCAAAUAAUGAAAAUUGCCUUAUCUGCAUUCUUUUAUAAUAAUCUUUAUAUACUUUUUGGAAAAAAAAAUUGUUAUUUUUGGGGUUCCAAAUUUGUUAAAUUAAUAAUAAUACGACCUGUUUAGUUGUCUAAUAUUAAAUUGUAUGAGUUGAUUUAUGUUUUCUUUUUUUCGCCAUUCUUUAUAUAAUGAUAAUAAUAAUUGCGUUAUUUAUAUCGUUCCAAGAUUGACUUGGGACUUGUUUUUAUUGUUUAAAAUACUAAAUAAUGCCCUCUGUUCGCGCCUCAUCUUAUACAGGGCGUCCUAUUUGUUUGGAUAGCUUCAAAAGCGCUGUUUUAAGUGAAACCUUGUAUAUAAACUUUUAGCGAGGUUCGAGUUAAACGCUGCUGAUUGAUGUAACGUGCCAAAUUAGGUUUAGGUCUGAAAAGAGUAUUUAUUUUUUUAAUUUUUUAAAAUUUUAUUGGAAAUUUACAGGAUGGCAGAAAAGGUUGCAACAAGGUAUCGUAAGCUAUAAAAAAAUAAUAAUUAUAGUUUUCCCACAUUUCUGACACUUUUUACAAAUCUAUAGAAGUUGCAAUCUGUUUUGCCAAAUUGUCGUAUCGCUUGCAUCAAUUAGCAGUGUACAAGGGCAUAAAAAACUUACACAAAAUAUAACUCGAUUUGCAAAUACUACAUUUUUAUAGUAGCGAGUAAUCUUUUUUUUUUUAUUAUGUAUGUAUAAUAUGAUUAUAUAUUUUAUCUUUGGUAAUGCAUUUUUUGCAUUGUGAUGAUUGUAUUUUAGCAGUAUGUAAUUUCUUACGACAUAUACUUCUGUUUCUCCCCCACCACACACGAAAUUACACCACAAUUAUUAUAUCUAGAUAAUUUUGCGCGCGCAUAUUCCCCAAAAGUCUCAGAUGUGGCCCGGAAUUUAAAAUAAUAAUAAUUAUUACAGCUGAAACUUUCAUUUGAUUGCAAUUUUAGUUCUACUUUUUUGUUUAUCUUUAUAUUAAUCGAUAUUUUUUUAACUUUUUUUUUUGGUUUUGUAUUGUCCGUAUGUUAUUUGCUUUUUAUUAUUUACUUUUCGCUUCUCCUGGCAUUUGCCCCUCCCUAUUUCAACUUAUUAUUGGUAAAAUAAUUUUUUGUUUUUAGUGUGAUGUAGCUAAUAAUAAUUUUUAUGUUCUUUGACUAUUAUCAUAGAUUUGUACGCCUACAUAGUAACACAAAAUAUUCAAUUUUUUUUUUUGCAACUACUACAAAAACAAACACACACCAUACUACUGUGGCAAAAGGCAUUGGGCGAUUUUAUUGUGCCGCCCCCCUCUGUACAUUAUGUAGUUUCUUGGUAAAUUAACUCGGAGUUUUUUUGGCUCUGCACUGCAUUGUUGUUAAUAAUAUCGAAUAACGUCUAUCAAAAAUAAUUUGACAAGAUGACUGAUGAUUUAA